AUGCGUUUCCUGACGAUUUGUAUUUCCCUCCUGCUGUGCGGCAUCGCGGUCGCAUGGCCGACGUUCCCGGGAAUUGGAGAUAUAUCAUUGUCGCAAGCUACCGCAGGUGCAGACAGCAUCGCACUAUCGGACGCUGGUACGUCCUCCAAUUGGGCCAAUGUUGACACUGUAUCAGCGGGAGAUACAGUUCAAUCAGUCAGUGAGACUUCAAAAGAUGGACACACCUCCAAAUCCGUAAAAAUUGUAGUACGGAAUGGACCCGAUGGAUCGUCUUCCUCUUCCUCUUCAUCUUCCUCUUCCUCACACUCAUCGUCAGAUGGAGAUGAUAAUAGUGGGAUAUCGUUAGGGAGCGUUACUUCUGGAGCCGCAACCUCUGCAGGAGCUGUCAAUCUAAACGACAUAGCAUUAUCCACUUCGCAUGGAAAGCGAGGUUCGUCAUCUGGUGCCAGUGCUGCUGCUCAAGCUGCUGCUCAGGCCAUCGCAGCAUCCCGAUCAAAAAGUCAUGGAUUAGCAGCAUCUAACGCCGCUGCCGUUGCUGCUGCUAAAGCCCAAUCAGCAUCCAAAUCGGCAAGCAAUUCUGCUUCAGCUGCUAAAGCCGCAGCCCAAGCCGCUUCACAAUCCAGCUCAGUAUCCAAAUCGGUCAGCAGUGCGGUUUCACGUGCUAAGGCCGCCGCCGAAGCCGCUUCUCAAUCCAGCUCAGCAUCCAAAUCG